UUUUGAAGAGGUUUUUCUCAUCGAUUUUCCACUAAAUUUUCAUGAUCUUUUUUACAAAUGCAUUCUAAAUAUACUCUUUUAGCAAAAUUUAACAAAAUUUGUGAAAAUAUUUGGGUUUCAAUACUCAAAAUUUGAGAUUCAAUGUGAGUGAAAUAUUGCGAAAUCAGCUGAUUGGAAAGAGGGUGAUGCAAAAGACGUUGCACUGGAAGUAUUCGUCAUUUCCUGGAAAGUUCCAUUGGAAAAGUGACAAAGUGCAUUGAGUUGGAGGAUGUUUACAUUCACUUGUGCCCCAAAAUAUCAGCAAUUUAGCCUCUAACCAUGAGUAUUCCCGUUCAUCCACUGACACAGAAUCCCACAGCAGCCUGGGCAGAGAUCUCUAAGGCUCAGAGAGUGAUUAAAAUCGCUGUGAAACCUCCAACAGGCAGCACCCCGCAGAAUAAGGUGAGGGUGGUAUGCAUGAGCGAUACUCACGGCCUGACUCCCUACAUCAAAUUCGACAUUCCUGAUGGUGAUAUCUUUGUGCAUGCGGGAGAUUUCACGAGAUGCGGCAAGUUGGACGAGGUGAUGGAAUUCAAUGCGUGGCUGGGAAGGCUUCCGCACAAACACAAACUCGUGGUGGCGGGAAAUCAUGAGCUGAGCUUCGACGAGACCUUUCAAACGGUGCACAAUUUAUCCUCGGACCGACGGAGGCACACAGGGACCGCGCUAAUUGACGAAAUACCAACGCUGGGCAACACCAAGGAGAGCCUGGCUGAAGCUGUCCAGACGCAGAAUGUCAAGCGACAGCUCACGAAUUGCGUGUACUUGCAGGACGAAGGCAUCGAAUUGUACGGCCUGAACUUCUAUGGCACUCCGUGGCAGCCGGAAUUCUGCAAGUGGGCCUUCAAUUUGCCCCGUGGGGAGCCCUGCCUGGCCAAAUGGAAUGCCAUUCCAGCUGAAGUGGAUGUCCUCAUAAGCCAUACGCCACCCCUUGGCCACGGUGAUCUCUGCUGCAGCGGCGUCCGAGCCGGAUGCGUCGAACUCUUGGCAUCGGUUCAGCAGAGAAUCAAGCCUCGGUAUCACGUUUUUGGGCACAUCCACGAGGGCUACGGAGUCACAUCAGACGGAAAGAUUAUCUUCAUCAAUGCCUCCACGUGUGACAUCAACUAUUUGCCUAACAAUCCUCCGGUAGUCUUCGACAUAACUCUCCCGCCCGGCUUCACGCGGGACUAAAGAGGCCACAGAAGUCCUGGAUCCCAUUCUAGUCAACAACCGAAAUAGCCAUAGCUCAAUUUUUACUCACAAGGUGCAAGGAAUCUCCAGCGAAAAUAAAAAAAAAAAAAAAAAAAACUUGUAGAAAUUACCUCUAAAAGUGUCAUUUUAUUUUCCAUUUAUAGACUCGAUAUAAUAAAAAUUCUCAUCUUGAAAUUCACAACAAUGUCCAAUUGUUUUUCUCUAGGCAAAAAAAGGAAAAUAUUUUUAAAAAAAAUCGAAUAAAAGAAUUUAGAAAUUCCUACUCACAGAUAU